AUGACAGCUAUGUAUAUACCACAAUUCGCCAACAGUGCUGAACUAAGGCACUGGCAAGGCGUACGUUGGGACGAAACAAGGAAAAGCAGAAGGCGAUUUUUGAAGGUAUGUAUAGUGCGAUCGUAACGUUUUGAUGAAAUAAAGGGCCUGUAAGAACAAAACUUACAAAAUUGUUUUCCUCCUUUAUUUUAUGAGAGCAAACGAUGAAAUAAAAUUCUUUUGAUUUUUUUUUUAAAAGAGCGAAAUCCUCUUUACUUUUUAUUAAUUUGAAUUUGAGUUUUUCAUUUUGCCAUUUGUUAUCAGUUCGUACUUACGAGCAUAAACAGGUAACAUCGAUGAUAACGCUUUGGAGUAUUUCAUACAGCUAGUUAUCAAAGACCAGCUAUUCUUAAUUUUGACUGCGUAUACAUUUCUACUAGAAAGGAAGAAUUGCAUUAAAACUUACACAAGAUUGCAUAUAACUUAUCACAGUAGCUUCCACCCGAGAACAGUCUUAUAAGGGGUUUCAAAUGAGUUUUAUAGACUGCGAUUGUGUUGAAAAAGCAAAAUAUGUAAUCGAAUAUCCGAUCAAUGGUAAUGGCUGAACAAUUUUUACCGGGUCACCUAGAAAUGUUUUCACAACUUCACAAGUAAGCAAGUAAUAAAUAUUUUCUUUCUUUCGAGACCUUUCAAUUUGACGACAAUAUUUCAUCAUGCUUCCCAUAUCAAAAAAAACGCUCAUGGAAUAAUAGGCUGAUUUAUACGGUUCAACUUUGUCGCAUGCGAUGUGCUUACAAUUUAGCGGCCUACGCCACGGGUUGUAUCGUGUAAACCUAUCCUGCAACUGACUGGACUAGCGUAGAUCGGCGUUACAUUUAGUUUUUCAAGUUUUGAAAACGAUCGAAGGAGGUCUGUUGUUUGCAUUUGGUUGGGCAAAAAAAGGCCAUAUAGAAGAAACUUAGCGUUUGGAAGACCUUUUUCAGACGUGAAACCAUUACCCGAAUGAUCGGUUUUCAACUUUGAAAAUGUUUCAAUAAAUUGCCUUUCAUUCUGCUUGAGAAUUAAAUACCCAGUUUUCAGGAACUUUCUGUCCUGAGGGGAAUGGUUAGAAACAGAAUGCGAAAUGUGAAGCAUUUGACGAGGGUAGUAGUUUCCUGAUCUGGCCCCGCAGUUGUUCAAAAGAUGGAUAGAGCUAUCCCCUGCUAAAAAAUUCUAUCUCGUGGAUAAUGCAAUUGGUUUCUCUAAUACUUAAUUCAUCCGGUGGAUAGCGCUAUCCAACGUUUGAACAGCUUUGUCCUGGGCUUUUGGGCUGGUCUAGUAAGGUCUUGACUGGUAUAAGACUUAAAAGAAAUUUCUUUAUUUAUCCAUUUACUAUAUAGUUUAUACAGUUCUAUUAUUAACCUUGUCGUAGUGAAGGGUUCAGAUUUCAGCCAAUUUACAGAUGAAUAGACUAUGGUUGGUACAUAGUUUACCAGAAAUUUUAGAUGUUGUCUAAUUGAGGGAAAAUGAUCCUUGCAAACCAAACCGGGGGGGAAACUUCAUGACAUCGACGAUUUAUUGUCGAAAUUGGAAAAAAAAAGAAGAAAAAGUAAAAGAAAAAGAAAAGAAAACGUACGAGCGGAUAUGCUGAACUUCUCUGUCCUCUAUAUGUACAUAUCAAUGUACAUGCAUACAUACGCUGUUUACAGGUAGCAAUAACGACAUUUGAAUGACGAUUAUGAGAUUAACCCUAUAUUAAGAUCUCUCGUUACAGAUAACCCACCUAGCCCAGAAAAGGUUGGCCACAAGUUGUACUAAUAAUAACAGACUCGACUGAGUGCGUGGGUGGCCACGUCGGGUCAACUCCAAAUAAAAUUAUAACGCUUACAUACAUUUUUUUAUUCUACACAGACACAAGAAGGGGAGAAAAGAAUCCAACAAUGAAUAUUGUAACCACGAUCUUACUUGCACUCGUCGGAAUUAUUUUAAUGUCCACUGUCGUUAAAGCUUUGCCCAUUUUGGGUGAUGCUGACGAUGAAUUACACACAGAACAGCUCAGAGCUUUAGCUGACGAAAGCCCAAGAAAGUUUAAGCGAAUUUGUGGAAUCAGCAUGGUGUGCCGGCCGUACGGUGGAAAGGUAUAACGUUGCAACUCUUAUUUAACAUUGGCAUUUUGUCCUUUUAGGUAAUUCUGGUGGCUCAUUGGCUUAUUGCAGUGUUAACGGCCUAUAAUGAAUUCUUUUUCAUGCAUACCUCGAGACUUUUUAGCCCAGUGACCCUUCCAUUUACCUUACAGAUCAAAAUAUUUUGAUUAUAUUUCUUAUUUCCUGCAAAGCAAGUUGUACGUUUUUGUUACCUGUUAUUCUGUAGCCUUUUAUGAUCCUCGGUGAAGGUUGGUAUCUAGUUUGUUCUUGUAUACUAAUUAAUAAUAUGUCCGGGCAUCGACUGUUCUCGUAUUAUAGGCCUGGCUUUUCCUAAAAUGGCCGGAAAUUGAAAUAAGAUUUAAAUGGAACCCGAAAGCAUGACUGUAUAAGAGUGCAGGUACAGGAAGUAAUUGAACCCUAGCUCUGCAUUUAUAUGUUCCCAGAUAUCGUAUUCAGGUAAGCCUCAUGCAGUAAAAUAAUCGUUGAAAAUGAAACUUAAGAUUUCAUUGACACUAGGACGUCACUGGCCAUUCUAAAAUUUAGAAUCAAUGUUCUGCAUUAAGGAAAAGACACUUUUAAAGAGGAAGCAGCGACCUGCAAAUGUUAAAGUCAAAACUAGCGUGUAUGAAGGUGAUAAAACACUUUUUUCUUCUUUCAUUUCAUAGAAAAGAAGAAUAGGAAAAGAGUGGAUAUCAUCAAACAAAAAACUCAGCGAUGUUAUACACCCUUCAUAUAACCAAGAAAACUAUCAAGACUAUUAACAAGAAGAAUAAUCUGUAACUUCGAAGAAAAAGAACAAACAUCAAUCUAGAUCUAUAUUUUAUCUAAUAAAUGUGGCUCAGGUUCAGUUUAAGGUCGGUUUUAUGAGCUGUAAGAAUAGAGAGAAGGUUUCAAUAAAAGCAGCG